AUGCACGGUGGCUAUAUCAAGAGAAGCACGGUCUACGGUAUCCAGCAGUUCUCUAUCAACAGCUUCAUCAUUAUUGCCACCCAGGUGUUCGACACACCGCCCAAGUUCUACAAGGGCAACGGCAUCUUGCUAGGUGUCUUCUUGAUCACCCUCACCUCGACUGUGAUUCUCUACUUUCGGUUGAAAGACCAAAGCCGCAAGCGUGAUGUAACAGCCGAAGCCCGUCGCGAAGGAACGGCAUCACCACUCUCUAGCUAUAUUGGCGACUUUGAGACCCUCUGUGACUAUUACCCCGACUGGAGAUAUCUGCUCUGA